AUACUAAAUGUCAGCAGUCUGUCAUGCGCUAUUGAAGAAAUGUAAUAAAAAAUAUAUAUAAAAGCAAUUAGAAAUACAUUACUUAAAGUUUUAUUCUGCUCAAGAAAAAGAACAGUAUUGAGUGAAACAAUGUCCAAUUCAAAUAUUGAAAAAGUUAAAGAAUUCUAUACAAAUGAUGUUGUUUAUAGAUUUGAUAAGCAUAAAAGAAUAAUUUUUGGAGUUGUUGUUGAUAGUUAUGAAGCCUGUUCUGAUGUUGAUGAAUACCAUGCCCUGCAAAAGGGACAAAUUAGAGUAUUAUGGAAUAAUAACUCUAGAGAACAGGUCUGGAGGCAGAGUAAAGUUCGUUUGGUAAACAGAAGUAUUAUACCUGGAGAUAUUGUCCGAAGAUUAGAAAAGGGAAAAGAAACUCAAAGAGGAUAUUGCAAAGAAACCAAACAAGUAGCUACUGUACAGAUUGUUGGUACAGAUAAAGUUAUUGAACAUGUAUCUAGUGAUAGACUGCAUGGUGUAAGACCUUUUGAUGUAGAUGAUGCUGUUUGUUUGGGCAGUAAAUUUGGUAGAAUUGAAACUGUAGAACAAAUGGUAGCUAUGCAAUCGAAAUGUGGAUCUGUAGUAGAAGUUUUAACUAGUAUUAAUCAUGACAUGGAUGAUUAUUGGCUGUCAAAAAGAAACAGGAUAUCUUUUGAUGCAUAUUAUCCUGGACAAGAACUGAUAUGUGUACCGAAUAAUUUUGAACAAGCCCAUUGGAUAAAGAAAUCAAAAACGAUGAAAAGGAAUAUUCAAAGCCGACAAAGAUUUACAGUACAAAGUGUUGAAGAUGUCUUGAUUGAGAUUGCUUGGUACAACAAUACACAUGGAUAUUCGCAUCUGUCAGAAAUAGGUCUGGCUGAUAUCAAGAACUUAAAGGUUCUGGAGCGUGCCAGUGAUACAUUUCUGGAAUUGACAGACCGUAGAUUAUUAAAGCUUUCCAGUAGUGAUAUUCUUCUAAAGAAAAAAGACUGGACAAAAAAGUUGUCAUUAGUUUAUAGACCUGAACUACCCAAAGUGAGGCACAUCGUUAGCUGUAAUUCAAAAAUCUCUAGAUUAUCAAAACUUAGCCGCUCUGCAUUAGUGUAUUCUCAAAACGAAGAGGUGAUUUCUAACAAUGAUGAAGAAGAAUGGUGGACCGAAGAGUCCGAAGAAUCCGAGGAUGCCGACGUGUCUCAGAUUAGUCACAAUUCCAAACCUAAGAACAAACACUAUCCCCCAAAACCAAGAGAUUUAGUACCUGGAAAUAGUUUAGCUGUUGAGGUGAUAUGUGUAGAAUCAAAAGUAAAUGUAGUGUGGCAAGACGGUACCGAAGAAAAGGAUAUACCUUCUACUCAUCUUUAUUACUCUAUUUCUUUGGACGAUCAUGAAUUUUUUCCAGGGGAAUGGGUCAUAAAUGAUAGUAAGAUAGAAAGUAAUAAGUACGGUGUUGUACAAAGCGUCAAUUAUUUGGAAAGAACUGCCAGUAUUAAAUGGUUUACUUACUCGGAAAACGAAAAGAAACCCACUGAAUUAGCAAUAACUGAAAUGAGUGUUUACGAUUUGGUCAAACAUUCAAAAUUUGUGUUCCGUCCACGUAGUAUAGUUAAAUCCAAACCUGCUCAAGAUGAAAAAAUGGGAAAAGUUUUAGACAGUUGUAUAGAGGGGUAUGUAAAAGUGCAAUGGUUAGAUGGUAAAGAGGAGAAUUGUUGGCCGCAAGAUAUAGAACUGAUUCCAGAAACGACGGACUAUGAGUUUUCGGAUGAAGAAUCUUCUGAAGAAGAUGCAGCUUGUGUUUCUUGGGAGACUGAAAGUAUAGAAUCGUAUGCUGGUGAUUUGACAGACGAAACAGUCUUACAAAACUUGGCAGCUCGUUUAGAUUUUGUUAGAAAUAGGAUAAUUUAUUUAAAAGAUGCCUUCAAACAACAUACUAUAUUGGAAACUUUUGUAUUCGUCAAAGAUUUGCUGUUGAUAUACGAAAACUCGAGUUAUUUGGAUAAGCUUUUGGGUACCUCGUAUUUUAGUCUAAAAAGUAAGCAUUUUCAAGUGCUACUGCUACAAGCCAAAGAAAAAGCGAAAUCUCUCGGCGUAGAAUUGAGAGGGAGACUAUUUUCUUGUGACAACUUAUGUCCGUCCAUCGCGAAAAUUAAAGUUGCCGAAAAAGAAAAUAUUAACAAAAUGAUCAAAUUAGAAAAUAAAAUAAAUGCACAAAUUGAGAAGAAAGAGUGCAAAGACUCAACUGCACCUUCAACUCCACUAACACCAGAUAGCACAGAAAUAUCUGCAUCAGUGACACAAGAUAAUCUUUGCGUAGAACUUCUUUCAAUGCUCAAAGUACGAAUGGAUUUAGCUUAUGCCGAAAUAAUUAGUCGUAUCGGCGGCAGUCAAGCAUUCACCGUAUUAACCAAAGCUUCUGAAAAUGUGGCAACGCCGUCCAGCUCUACACCUUUGCCGAGUGUGCCCACAACUCCCGACGACUCGUUUUCAUCGUUAAGUCCCUUGAAGUCGAAAUUUUUGGCAAAAAUAUCCGGAGAUAAUGAGCCUUAUACGCUUGUUGAUGAUGCGCCGGUUACGCAUCACUAUUAUGGAACCAAGUUUGAACCUACAGAUCUUCAGAGGUUUCUUAAAUCCAUUCAAAAAGAAUAUAAGCUUCUCAAGGACUCGCUCCCUUCGGGUGUAUGGGUGCGUUCGUAUGGUAACAGGAUAGAUCUCCUUUCUGUGAUGAUUAGAGGUCCUGAUAAAACCCCAUACGAAGAUGGUCUCUUCCUUUUUGACAUACAGCUUAGCACAGACUACCCACGAUCACCCCCAUUAGUGCACUACAUCAGCUACAGCUCAGAGAGGCUGAAUCCUAAUUUAUAUGUGGAAGGAAAAGUAUGCGUUUCUCUAUUAGGCACUUGGAUGGGUAAAGGUACUGAAGUUUGGGGACCUAACAGUACGCUGUUGCAGUUAAUAGUGUCUAUUCAAGGUUUGAUAUUGGUGUCCGAACCGUACUAUAAUGAAGCAGGGUAUGAGAAGCAAACUGAUACACAACAAGGAUACGAAAAUUCCCGAACCUACAACGAAUUGGUGAUCUUAAAACUGAUCCAAUCCAUGAAAAAGAUGUUACAAUCACCUCCCGAAAUGUUUAAGCGAGAAAUCAUUGCACAUUUUUCCGAAAACGGUCACAAACUAUGCGAACGCCUUCGCGGUUACUGUCGUAACGAGAAUCCUCUCAAUCCAGAAUUCCCCCUGUUACCUGUUAGCAAAGGACUAAAACUAUCUUUAGCAUCUGCGUUAGAUACGUUUGAAGAUGUACUGAAUAAAAUUGGUGAUAAUACGACUGAAGUUCCAAACGAAACCAAGUAACAUUGUUUGUAAUUUCAUUCUUGUAUCUUGGCCCUGGCUGUAAGACUCAUGAGGUGUUGGGAUAAAGAAUCAGUUACUCGUUAUAUCUUCACAGUGAUAUUGUUGAUAGGUUUUAAAACAAAAUUUAAUUAUUCCAAUCAAAUAAAGUUUCUGCUUAUCUUCUACUUUAGAAAACAAAUAUCUAAAAACUAAAUGAUUUAAUAAAUAAGGAAACAAUUUUAGUAUGUAUAAAAAAACAUAGACACUGCCAGAACAGGUUUAUUUGUCUGUGAAGUUUAUAAUAUGUGUUUGAAUAGUUGUUAUACGUACUGUGAAUGCGCUUUUUGUGAAAAUAAUUUGACAGUAAAUGGCAAAGUCAUUUUUCUUAUUUCAUGAUUAAAAUAGACUUAAGAUAAAUGAGCUGGAAGCCUAGAAAUUGUAGAAAUGUGUUAUUGUACAUAACAUAUUUGUUAUAAAUAACUGAAAUCUUAGAAAUGAUAUACUUUUUACAAUCAAAACAUCUGUGUUCUGUCAAUUCUGUCAAUUCACGUAGUUUUAUUGUCUUAUGUCAGCUUGGGUAAUUUUGUCCCUACUACUUUGAUAACACUCGUUACAGUACACAUUAUUUUGUUAUUUCACACAGUACAGAAAGUUGUAGACAAGACAUCGUUAGUGUAUAGUCAUUUUUAUUCGUCACAUUUUCUGCCAUUGUUAAUGAAUAAAUUCAUUUCCCCACUUAGCUCAUUUGGAUUGUUGCUCAGCACAAUAUGUGAUUAAUUUUGACAAAUAAAUUUUGUAUAGUAAAAUCUAACGUUCGUAAUCGCACAUUUUGACAUUAAAAAACUAUACGUAAAAAAUUGGUAGCGAAGUUCCCAUUGGUCUUACAGUCAGGAGCUAUUUUAAUAUAUUUAUUGUUUUCCAUGUUUUGAAUUGUUAAAACCUAAUAAAAGUAAGGUUAUAAAAGUUGAAAAAAAAAUAGCUUUUUCUAACAAACUCAAACACAUUAUUUGUAUAUACAAUGGUUUUAAUAUGUUAUUCAAAAUAUUUAAUCAAAAAUUCACUAAAUUUCGGAUUCCACACAAUAUUCGCUUCUUUAAAAAUAUUUUUAUAUAUGUUCCAUCGUAUUGUUUUUAUUCCAUACUUUAUUAAUACUUUUAAAAAAUCUUU